CAAUACACUCGUGCUGAUGAAUAAGGUGUCCCUGACACCACCAGAGAUAAACCUGGAGUAUGUACUACUACUGCUCCGCGCAACCACUCGCUCUCUGGGUGUCAACCUGCAAGGUUCCUGUCUCUCUCUCUCUGUCUUCCCCUCUCGUGGCCAGAAGGACCAUGAUAGUAGAGACGGUAUUGUCGUGGGUCUCCAGCUACAGCUUGGAGACCAACACGACGGUGCUGGCGUCCGUGUCGUCACUGGUGGCGGGUCCCCGGCUGGAGGACUACUGGAAGCAGGCCGGCAACCUGCUUGAGGGAAGCCUCAGCCACGGCUUUCCUUGGACGCUCUUCACUUACCUCACUCUGGCUGUCAUCACCUUCUUCGUCUACCGGCUUGCCUUCUCACCUCUUGACAGGUUUCGGGAUAUGAUUGACGUGGGCUGGGGGUGCUUGGGAGGAGAUGGGAGGGCGCCCCUGACGGAGAAGAUCAGGGAGGUGCAGAGGCUGAGGAAGACAGGUAACCUGCCGCCCGUCUACCCCAACGGCUGGUUCGCCGUCAUAGAGUCCAGACAGCUCGCCAGGGCUCAGGUGGUGCCAGUGCAGAUGUUCGGGGAGACGCUGGCGGUGUUCCGGGGCGAGGAUGGGUCUGCCCACGUCACUGACGCCUACUGCCCGCACAUCGGUGCCAACAUGGCGGUGGGUGGUGUGGUCAAGGGGGACUGUCUCGAGUGCCCCUUCCAUGGCUGGCUGUUCAGGGGCUCUGAUGGCGCCUGCGUCCACAUUCCCUACUCUGCCAAAGUACCUAAGACGGCUCGGGUGAAGCGGUGGGAGAGCCAAGAAGUGAAUGGAUUCGUCUUCGUGUGGCACGACGCUGAGGGCCGCCCGCCGAUGUGGCACUUACCAGAGGUCCAGCAGAUCACCGACGGCUCCUGGAUCUUCCGCGGCCGCACUGUUCAUCAUAUCCUCGCUCACAUCCAGGAGAUACCCGAGAACGGCGCUGACCUGGCUCACCUGGGCCACCUGCAUGUGCCUAGUGUCUUCAAGGGCUCUGAUCUGAGAUACGUCUUUGCAAACAGCCAGUUGUUUGACUUCGCCAAACACACGUGGAGAGGCGAGUGGCAAGUGCGGCCGGCGCCGGAGUCCCACACGGCGGACCUCAAAGUCACCCACGCCUUCUCUCUCUUCGGCGGCAAGUUCAAACUCUUCACAAUGGUCGUCAAGGCGGAGCAGAUUGGACCUGGUGUGGUGCACCUGCACUUUAACACGGGUCUGGGCUCCGGAGUGCUUGUCCAGACCGUCACACCGAUGGAGCCGCUCAGACAGAGAGUCGUCCACCAGUUCUUCUCCUCCAGAACCUUCAUCGCACCCUAUGCCAAGUUCGUCCUCUUAUCGGAGGCCCGCCACUUUGAGCGCGAUAUAAUGAUCUGGAACAACAAGCAAUACUUGUCACAUCCACUGUUGGUGUCUGAGGACCGUCUCAUUCUUAGAUUUCGUCGAUGGUAUACCCAGUUUUACUCUGAAAAUAGUCCCAAAUUUACCUUCAAGAAGGAAAGCAUGGAUUGGUAAUUUAGGAUUGAAAAGUAACCGGGCGCAAAGUAUAAUAUAAAAGGGAAUUUAAGGAUGUAAAUCUAAAGGGUCAUUUAUAAUGGACAGUAUGGAUGGAAACAAACAAAUUCGGAAAAGUAACCUGGGAUUACAACAUCGAAUUAAUAUUUUGGACGGAAGUUGAUCUAUCAAAGCCGGAUAUCCGGAAUUUUAAAUGGACCCAUUGUGGAUCUUAAUUUACACUGUAAGCUGAACCAUCUGCAAUGGAAAACCUUAAAGGAAAAUUUUGGAAUGGAAACAGUCCUAGAUGGAACGUUAGUGUAUGACAGAAAAAAACAAAAGCCAAUCCGGAUUUGAAUGUAGAAUGUAAACAGAUCAGUAAGGAAGGAUAGCCUAUAAUGACAAUUAAGGAUGUAAGGAAACCCACCAAAUGAUUAACAGUGUUGCCUGUUACAUGUAUGUGUACUCCUCUAUUUGUGCUUGCAGGAUCGAUCUUUAGCUCUUGGUCCCCCUCCUCUCCAGGCACCAGUUGUCUUAUCCAUAAACUAUACAUAUUUUUCUGUCAAAUCUACUUUGAUAUUAUGAAUGACGUUCGCUUCUACAACCUGCAUUUAUUUAUUUCUAUUUUCCUUCAACUUAUAUGCUGAAAAGAAUUUAGGAUCUUUAUGAGUCAUC